AUUGAUUAAAAACUGUUUCAAACGGGGAAAAGGAUUCCUCUAUUAGCACUUUGUGACAAUUUCUUCGUGAUAUUCAACAAUGAAAAAAAUUGUUUUAUUUCUCCUUGCCGUUCUAUUUGUUUUUUUGGUCACCGGUAGACACCACAGAGACAAUGACUACUUAAAUCACGUACAAUUGGUAAAUCAAUUUCGAUGUUCAUUGCCACAACCACGAGCAAUUCCCGUAGCAGAACUUCUUACAGUUGGACCUAGUCCAGAUGAAAUUUUUUAUCCUCCUUCAACGGUAUUAGCACGUUGCGGUGGGUCCGGAUGUUGUCCCGAUUCCAAACAGAUCUGCGCAUCGACCGAGACUAGAAACGUAAGCUUGGUAUUCAUGGUAAAACACCUCAUAGAUCGACAACGGGACAGACAUCAUGAGGUUAUUCAUGCUUUGGAAGAUACAAAAUGUGCUUGCAUAAAUACGGUCAAAGUCAAUAUGACGUAAUUCUUCGUUUAAAAGUAUAAAUAUAAUGUAGAUGUGUGAAUAUAUUUGUGUAUGUGUGUUUGAGUAUGCGUGCGUGCGUUUGUGACGUUAUCAGUGCAUCAAUGAUGAUAAUUGCUUUAAAACAUACAAAUUUAUAAGUAUCACGUAAAAAUUUCAUAUCAAUUAUAUUAUGUAAUCGUUUGUUUUUAUCAUGGAUAAUAUUCUCUAAAAAAUAUUACUUUCAUAGUUAUUUAUUUAUUUUAAUAAAAUGUAUCAUUUAUACUUCGAAUUAAUUAAAACAAAUAAUUUCACUGUUCAUACUUACAUAUUAUUAUAUAGUAUUAUAUAAUUAUUAUAUAUUUAUAUUUUUAUAUUGCUAUAUAUAUAUAUUUACAACUAGUUCCUUACUGUCCAUUUAUACAUCCAUGGUAUUUGUGUCUGUGAUAUUUUUAUCUAUUAAGGUCUGUAAA